GUUCAAAUAAAUGUUUUUAAGCUACAACUGAUGUGACACUCAAACCUAACAUGACUCCAGUGGUCAGAACAGGUGUGCUGUUGUUGUCAAUAUAACAGAUGUGUUAUAGAAUCAAUUGAAAGUGAGCCUUGUGUAUAAUGACAGAAACAAAGGAGGGAAGUGAAAGGUCCAGAUUUUAUUUCUCCCAUAUCCUACUUGCAUUUUCCUGUUAUUUCUGCCCAUUUGAUGAAGGUAACUUUUCAUUAUGGUAGGCUAAGCUUGUUGAAAAUAUAACUUUAUAUCAAUGCUGGUGAUUUUUCUUUUGGAAGAGGAAAACAACCCCCUUUCUUUUAUGCAGAAAAAAGAAAAAACUCUCUCUUCUUGCAGUCGUCUAAGCUGUUGAUUCUGUUUUUAUCACCAGAUAUUUAUCUGUCGUACGUAGGCUUUGCAGCCCUGUGAUAUCUCCUAGCAACCAUUUCAAAUAGUCUGGAGAGAAGCUGACAUGUGGAACAAAUUGCUAAAUAUAUAUCAACUACGUUCAAGGGAAGAGUGAUGCGAAACGAUGAUCAGUCACAGAUGCUAAUCUGUUGUUUUAUUUCUUAACUUGCAGUUCAAAGUGAAUGACUGAAUCAGUGACCUGAAUUUGGGCCGUACAGCCUCUGCUUCAGUGCAGUAACAGCUUGUAUACAGAGAUCUGUCAAAUCUGCCAAUCAGAAGAGAUCUUUCCUAUAUUAGUUGCGUGUAUAUAGAUAUAUAAACAUAGAUAUAGAUGGAUGGAUGGCUAGACCGACAAAUAGUAUGUCCAAGCAGAGAAGCCCAGAUUUCUUCUCCCAGGCUACCUCUUCCUGCUCAUUGCCAUUCCCAAGCCAGCCGUCUCUCCGGCAGAUCCUUAAUCUGCCCCGGGGCCUCCUACCAAGAGGACAUGCCUGAAACACCUCGCCUAGGAAGUAUCCAGGAGGCAUCCUAGUCAGAUGCCCGAACCACUUCAACUGGCUUUGAUGUGGAGGAGCAGGAGCUUUACUCUCCCUCUCGAAAGACUGAGCUCCUCUUCCUAUCUCUAAGGAAGUGCACAGCCACCCUUUGAAGGAAACUCAUUUCCGCCACUUCUAUCUGCAGCCUCAUUCUUUCUGUUACUACUGAACUGCCAUAGCUGCUACACCAAUUUAUUUCCUGUUUGUUUGACUCCCUAAAUUCAUCAUCUUGGUGUUUUAAGUCAAAUAUCACGAGCUGCAAUGUCAUAAAGCUUACCCUUGUCUAUUUACACAAUAUAGAUUUAUUUAAUCUGUUAGAUUUGACUGUAUGUUUGUUAGCAGUCUAGCAAUAUCAUUUUUACACUUUGUGUGACGUUUGAUGCCAAUAAAUGAGCUGAUUUAAUUUUGGGGAAACUAAAGGUCAAGCUCCCACCAAAAUCAGUGAAACUUUAUAUUACCCACAAUUCUUUCAUGGAUUGUCUUCAAACUUCACAACAAUACACUAGAUCGUGGGGUACAUGGAUACAUAGGUUGGCUAAGCAUUUGACAUUGACCUUCAUUGUUAAUGUCCAAGGUCAAAGUUAACCUUCAAAUUUUUUUUUCAAGAAACCGCAUCGAGUAAUUUAUCAUAUGAAACCAAUCCCACCAGAUUUCUUUGUUUUUGCAGCCAGCCAUUACAAAAAUGUAAUUAAGUAGAUCCUGAAUGAUCGUGGGUACAAACACACAGAGCAUUAUUGCACCUACUGCUUCUAUACCUGCACGGUGCUCAUGCUAAACCUUCUUUGUAGACAGAAAAUGUCAAUAAAUGUGCCUAAAGAUAACUUGUAACACUUGAUAACUGUUACAAUUCUAGUACUCUGUUACACUUAUGAAGAAAGGUAGCUGUACUUAUAUUCACAUCGUCUACAAUUGUCAGAAUUAUGAAUUAAUAAAUACUUUGAUUUAAAAAAGAAACAAAACAAGAAGCUAAUCUGUGUGAAAUGUGAAAUAUCAUCUAUAUCUAUAUUUGGCUGUUUUUGAUACUCGAGACCAUUUACAGAGUUGAACUGAUACCAAAUAGCAGGGACUUUCAGUUACAUAGACUAACAAGAUCUUUAUGUAUUGAGUUACUGUGAGAUGUUUAUUAGAUCUUCUCUUUCCCAUCUGCAGGGCUGCCUUUGCCCUGACAAAGCCGCUCAAGAUGAACAUGGUGAAAAGGAUCAUGGGGCGGCCGAGGCAGGAGGAGUGCAGCCCCCAGGACAACGCGCUGGGCCUCAUGCACCUGCGACGCCUCUUCUCCGAGCUGUGCCACCCUCCUCGCCACAUGACCCAGAAGGAGCAGGAGGAGAAGCUCUACAUGAUGCUUCCUGUAUUUAACAGGGUGUUUGGGAACGCACCUCCCAGCAGCAUGAUGGAGAAAUUCUCCGACCUGCUGCAGUUCACCACCCAGGUGUCCCGACUCAUGGUGACUGAGAUCAGACGAAGAGCCUCCAAUAAAUCCACAGAGGCAGCCAGUCGAGCCAUAGUCCAGUUCCUGGAGGUGAAUCAGAGUGAGGAGGCGAGCCGCGGCUGGAUGCUUCUAACCACCAUCAACCUGUUAGCUUCCUCCGGACAGGUUGGUAGAAAAGACACUGUACAAUACUGUGUGAAAGUCUUGAACCACCUCUCAUUUCUUCAGCCCUUGGAAGCAAAAAAUAAACUUUUUUGUAAUUUCUCAAAAUGUUCUUGAGCAAUACUCCUCCAGGCUCUCUGGAGGUGUUUUUAAAGUUUUCCUUUGGACAUUGACUGCUUUUUCAGUCAUUUUCACUCCAGUCCUUUUGCCUGACCAUUUUCAGAUCUAUGACUCAUUCAAGCAUUAAAACACCUCCUAACUCACGGGAUGAACCAGUGUUGUGUUUGCACAUAAUCUCAAAAUUAGCACAGCACCAAUGUUAAAUCUGUCUUUAGGCAGUUUCACAAGCAUGAAAUUGUAUUUUUGCACCAACAAUAUGAUUCACAAAGUGCUUUUAGCUGACACUUUGGCAUAUUUUGGAAUGCUCUGCAGUGUGUCCUGGAGGACAAAGGAAGAUGUCAGCCCUAAAAAUAUAUUAUUUAAGAAAUAAGAAAAAAAAUCCAGCAAACGGCCCUUCUGUUGACACAUCUACUG